AUGUACCAGCAAGUGUUUUACAACAACCAUAUCAACAGAAAUGGAGGGGAUACUACAACCACUCCCUUGAAGAUAGCACAUUAUCUGAAUAUAAAUGGUGGAGGGGUACCACCAUCUCCCUUAACUCCCUUGGAUUUGAGAUACAGUCAAUCAAUGUUACCCUCAAACUUGUUUGUCAGCACACCCUAUUUUACACCACCACCUUCAGCCCAAUAUUUCCCCCCCAUAUCACACCACUCGUCACUUCGCAACUCAGAUGCAUCGCUAACGAACUCUCAUGCUUCAUAUUCAAAAAGCCACAGCCGUCACAAUCAACGACGUAAUAGUGCUGGCUAUCACAAGCAACACCAACAACAAAAUUACGCUGAUCAACGGAGUAUCGACAAUGUCGCAGCGCAGGACCCAACUUUCCAGUCCCAUAACUCCAGAACUGUCCCCUUUUUGCACCCAAACCUUGAAAAUAUGAAUAUCUCGAGAACUGUUAUUUUGCGAAAUUUGAAGAGUGAGACAACGUUGCAUGAGGUACUAGAUCACAUUGAUUUUGGACCUAUCGAGUACAUCAAAAUGCUUCCCGAAACCAGUUCAAACGGUCAUGGUUCUGGCGGAGAAGAAGGUGAAAAAGAAGAAGAAACUGCAUUCAAAAGCUGCUCGAUAUCUUUUAUUAAUUCUAACAUCUCAGCAAUGUUUUAUUUAAAAUACGCUAAAAACUCCUCCAACUUGAAUAAGUUGAGACAGGUUUUGAAAUCAGAAAAGUUGAAAAUCACAAUCAAUGAUGUGAAAAAACAAAGGAAUGGGAGUGGGUUGCCAAGACAAGAUUAUAUCAAAUUGAAGAAUUUGAACUACAUCAUCGAUCACAAUGCAACUCGAUGUUUAGAGAUUUCAUUCAGUGUGAAUGACGCAUUGCUGGAUGAGACCACUGCCGAGGACAGACUAAAUCAUUUGAGACACUAUAUUUCGAGUCAAUGUGAAAAAUUUGGAGAUUUCGAAUCAUUUGAAAUUGAUUUGGAAAAAGAACCAACACUGCUUGAAAAUGAAGAAGGAGAAGAGGAGAGUGGGACCGAAAACACAUUGUCAGGCUCAGUCAUUGUCCACUUUACUUCGAUCGACUCCGCUAUCAACACAUACGAAAGUUAUCAACGAAAAAUUCAAAAUGAUUUGGAAAAGCAAAACGUGGAUAAUACUGAAACUGCCAUCAUCAAAAAGAAAAGGGGCUCUUCCAACGACUUGUAUGAUGUCAGUACCAAGUACGGAAUAAGUUUCAUUCUGGCAACUUUCCACAGGGACAGGUGCGACAAAACACUUGUUCAGUACCGAGACGAUGCCGAAUUGGGAAUGUCAGCCAACAUAACCACACCAAAUGGCGAAGCAGCAAUGAAGUUGACGAUGGAAGACGGGACCUGUGGUCUCAUUGAAGAAGAGGCGCCAUUAGACAACAGCUCGGAAGUGUGCAGCAUUAUUGGCUCACCGGGGCAGCAUUCUCCCAACAAGGUCAAUAUCUUGGACCCUGUGAGCCCCAACUCAUCCGAUAUUGAAAAUGCGUCUCCCAUUUUGCAUGACACGUAUGCACCAUCGCAAGGUGAUCACACUGAUGAUAGCGAGGCACACGCGCCAUCUUUGAUCGGGAGCAACGGCGUUUACUCUAUGAUAUCGUCCGAUGCAAGGCAAAUGAAUGCAACUCCACAAUUUGUUCACAUUCCAAUGGCAGCGGGCCCUCCAUUUGCAUUCCACUCCAACUCUUCGUUUGUGUCAAGCUACAACCCCGACCCUAUCAACACUGGUAACAGAGCUAUACAUUUGGGGAACUUGCACCCCCAUACAACAAUUGAAGAAAUUGCAAACAACUUGAGAGCUGGUGGCUUGGUUGAAUCCUUGAACCACUUUCCCGAAAGAAGAAUGUGCUUUGUCACUUUUGUCGAUGCUGAUAUUGCACUCAAGUUUUUCAUGAAUCACCAGGUUCUCCACCAGUUGGUGAUCCAUGGAAGUGACGUUUCCGUUGGUUGGGCAAAAAGGCAUAGUGGCCCAGUACUGAGAGAAAUAGCCCUUGCAGUAACCGCCGGAGCUUCAAGGAAUGUAUAUUUAGGACUCCGAAAAAGUCAUGGUGAAAACAGUGGACUGAAUCUCACAUUACCAAGUGAAGAUGAAUUGAGAUCCGAUUUUUCGCGUAUUGGAGGAUUGGAACAAAUCAAUUUUUACCACAAUAAGCAAUGUGCCUUUUUGAAUUUUUUGAAUAUUGCAGAUGCGAUCAAGGCUGUUCGCGCUUUUGAAUGCGAAGAGCCAAACGCGGUCAUCCAUUUGACUAAGCUGCUUCGAGGUGACCAAGUUGCAGCUAAUGUGAUGUUUCAAAAGUACAAAUGUUUCAAGGUAAGUUUUGGUAAGGAUCGAUGUGGAAACCGACCAAAGUUUUCUUUUAGGAAAAACUUUGACAAAAGCUUGGGCUCUACAUACCAACAAUACCAAGACCAAUUACACGCUUGUGUGGGGAAAUCAAAAGCAAACUCUAACAAAGAUAACGGAAGAGCAAGCCGGAACGGCAUAGAUGAGCAUUUGAAUGGAAGAGAGCCGAGUCUGAAUGGAAACGUUAUCAAUGACGAAGCAGCUCUGGUUUUUGGUAUCAUCAAGGACGAAGAGAAUCAAUCCGAACCAGCUAUUGAGGAGGGGCAAGUGGGGGCUCUGCAUGAUCGAAAUGGUUUAUCCAAAUCAGAUAGGGAGGUGGGUAGCUCCGUUGAGCAAGAUUCGACAAAAGAGGCGUAUGCUGGGAAGCAGGACGACGACGACAAAGGUGGAGAUCAAACAAAUGGUGAUUCCAAACAAACCGCUCUUGUGUUGACAGCAGUACCUGGUGCUGAAGUUGAAGAGUACGAGGACGAGGAGGACGAUGAUGAUGAUGAUGAUGAUGAUGAUGACGUCUCUAUAAUAAUUGGAUCUGACCACACUGUCUCUACUAAUGCCAGUGGCAAAAAUGACAGCUUCAACGACACCUUUGCCUAUCGGUCUCAGAAGCUGCGUGCAAGACGUCAGAAUUUCAACAACCAGCCGUACUACUACGAGCAACCUCAUUUAAACGGAAGAACUUCUCGCAACUCCUCCACGCAUUCAAUCAAUAAUGGAAGUGUCUUUCCCCCUUAUGCACAAUUUGCUUCACCUCAAUUUGGUCAUCAGCCAACACGUAUGAGUCGCACUAGCUCAACGAGCAGUUUCCGAUCCCAAGGUUACCAGCCAUCACCUCAACUUAGAAAUGGAUGUUUCCAGCAUCAACCUCCUCACUCAUCGGGAGCUUAUCAACAGCAGAUGUAUAUGGUACCACCACUGCCACAAUUUAUGGGCUCCUACACUCCACAUAUAAGAUUUGUUCCAGUUGUUCUGGGCCCGCAAGUAGUGGCGACACCAAUGGUGAAUCAUCCGGUGGAAAAUGGGUCUGGUGGUACUUCUGGCUCACAAGUUAUGGCACAGUAUUUGGCGCAUGCACAACCAAUGGGUGUAGGAUACAAUGGCUCUGGUUAUGUUGAACCUCAUGGAAGUCAUCAUUAUAAUGGUAGACGUUACAGAGAUGGCAGCAAGAAGGGACGAGGGGAGACAAGCUGA